CUACGCGGCGAGGUUUAGAUGUUGGUCGCCGGGUCCGCGUCCGCCAGGAAGCCUGCGCUGACCACGGUGCAUCUCUUCCUUCUCCGAGUUCCUAUGACUUACCUGCUGCCGUCCGAUCAUUGUGAGACCCGGAGGCAAGAGUCAGUGAGACUGAAGAGAACUUGGGCACUCCCGCUGGCUCCAUAAGUGCCUAUGGAUUAUGGCAGGAAAAGUAAAGUGGGUCACUGAUAUCGAGAAGUCUGUGCUGAUCAAUAACUUUGAAAAGAGAGGAUGGGUCCAAGUGACAGAGAAUGAGGACUGGAAUUUUUACUGGAUGAGCGUGCAAACCAUCCGAAACGUAUUUAGUGUGGAAACUGGGUAUCGGCUCUCAGAUGAUCAAAUAGUCAACCAUUUUCCGAAUCACUAUGAACUGACCCGGAAGGAUCUGAUGGUGAAGAAUAUUAAAAGAUACAGGAAGGAGCUAGAGAAAGAGGGGAGUCCUCUGGCAGAAAAAGAUGAAAAUGGAAAAUACCUCUAUCUGGACUUUGUCCCGGUCACCUAUAUGCUGCCUGCUGACUACAACCUGUUUGUGGAGGAGUUCAGGAAGAGCCCGUCCAGCACCUGGAUCAUGAAGCCUUGUGGCAAAGCCCAGGGAAAGGGUAUCUUUCUAAUCAACAAGCUCUCGCAGAUCAAAAAGUGGUCCCGGGACAGCAAGACAUCUUCGUUCGUGUCUCAAUCUACUAAAGAAGCCUACGUGAUCUCUCUCUAUAUUAACAACCCGUUACUAAUCGGUGGGAGGAAGUUUGACCUGCGUUUGUAUGUUCUGGUGUCUACAUACCGCCCGCUGCGCUGUUACAUGUAUAAGCUUGGGUUUUGCCGGUUUUGCACAGUGAAAUACACCCCGAGUACCAGUGAGCUGGACAACAUGUUCGUUCAUCUCACCAACGUUGCCAUUCAGAAACAUGGGGAAGACUACAACCACAUCCACGGGGGCAAGUGGACCGUCAACAACCUGCGGCUCUAUCUAGAGAGCACCCGCGGCAGGGAGGUGACCAGCAAGCUGUUUGAUGAGAUCCACUGGAUCAUCGUGCAGUCCCUGAAGGCUGUGGCGCCUGUGAUGAACAACGACAAGCACUGCUUUGAGUGUUAUGGCUACGACAUCAUCAUCGAUGAUAAGCUGAAGCCCUGGCUGAUCGAGGUAACUGUCACGUGGGCUCACACCCUGGCUCUUCCACGUGGAGCUGUGGGACACCAAGGAGCUCACUGCAACUGCAUGAGCCUCCUUUUAAGCUGCACUGAGUGCUUCACGCACAUUACCGCAUUUGCCUUCCCCAGCAACCUUAUGAGGUAUGAUGAGGAGCUGGCCCAGGGCGACGGGGCUGACCGAGAGCUGAGAAGUCGCGCGGGCCAGUCGCUGGGGCCCAAAGCAGGCCGGUCGAGAGACUCGGGGAGAACCGUCCUCACGACCUGGAAGUGACCGCCUGCGAGAACAGAAGACUGCGACCUGGACCUUAUCAAAACCACUCACUCUACCUGGCUCCUCCUGAAGACCUGUUUUGAAAUUUCUUUUUUCUAGAGCUUUUCUCCUUUUGUAAGCCCUGUAAAUAAAGAAAGGAGCUUCUUUGGAAGGUUAUGGAGUCUAUUUGAUUAGGGCUGGAAGAACUGAUUCAGAUAAAUGUAUAAAAGUAGCUCUUUUGACAGAAAGUAACAGCUUCAGCAUGUGAUUUAGUUUAUUAUAAGGUAUUCACAUUUUAAAAAUUUUUGCACUAAAUUAAAAACAAAAGCAAAACCGAACACCUUACAGAAGAGUACUGCUGUGUGAGAGUAGUGUGUGAAUCUGACAGCUAUUUUGGUUUCAUCCUUUUUACUUGACUGUGAUUUUUAAGAAAAUAGGCAACUAGAAAUAUUCCUCUGUAGUUUAUCUUUACGAAGACCUUCGUCUAGGUGCUCUCAGAAGAGACUUGAGUUUUGUAGAUGAGUCUGUCAGAAGUUGAGCCGAUGACACAGACGGCUCCCGGCUCCCGCAGUGUGGCUUUUCUGAUGUCGGCCUCUGGGUUUGCUGCAGACUCAGGUGAGCGCUGUUGGCGGCCAGCAGCGGGGGCAGGCUGUAUGAUGUGGCAUGUUCAUGUGAAGCCACCUUGGAGUCUGGUGACUCGUAGAACGAUAUGGGGAGGGACCUGCAUUGGUCAGGGGAGUUUUCAGCGAGAGCCUGUGACUGGCAGCCAUGUGAUACCUGCUCGCUGAUGGAGGCUUCGUUCACUGUCUCAAGUUUAUACUUAAAAGUCCUCACUUGUUUUUUGUUUGUGGUAUUGUGCUGAGUGCACGUGCUUCAGGUAGGGGUCUAUGGUACUACAUGUAGACGUGUGUCAAGUGUACAUGUCAUAUCGUGUGUGGCUAUAUGUGUGCACAUAUAUUUUUAACGAUGUUUCACUGCCAAUUUGGGAAAAGGUCCUUUUAAAUGCUUGUGGUACAAUAUAAAGUGAGAGAACCGUAAUACAAAUGGUACUUAGCCAGAAUCCAAAUAAACUGCAGUUUGGGGGGA